GAAAUCCAACUUUAUCCGAAAAAGAUGAGAAAAUUCUAGAAAAGUUAUGUGAAAUAGAACUUGAAGAAGGCGAUGAUUCACCACAAUGUAUUGCUUUUCACAGUGAGGAAAAUAUCAUUUCUUGUGGCAUCAAUAGCUCAGAAAAAAAAAUAAAGGCUGGUGAAAAUCAAAAUUGUCGGAUUUUUAGAUAUUCAGACAAAAAAGUUGAAUUAAUCAAUGCAACACAAACAGUCAGAGCAAAUAUUGAUGAAGAUUAUUAUCAGAAAACUACUGCAUUCAGUCAUAAUGGUAAAUUAUUGGCAACUGGUGGUACAGAUAGUAAGUUGACGGUUCUUAAAUAUCCGUCACUAGAAGUAGCCUUUCCGCCAGUGAAUUUCGAUAAGCAAGAAAUAUAUGAUGUUAACUUUAAUUCGACUGGAGACCAGGUUGCAGUUGUGUCUGAUAAAAUUCUUAGAAUUUUAUCUACAAGAAACGGCGAAUGUAUUCAUUCUAUAGAGCGACCCACAUUUCAGAAAUCCACACAGUGCAAAUUUAGAGCAUGCAGAUUUGGUAAGGGAUCAUCUGAAGGAUAUCUUUUUGCCGUAGUCAAUUCGACUUCUAAAUUCAAGGCAUUCAUCGUUAAGUGGGAUGUUAAAACUUGGAAUAAAGUUUUAACAAAAGCUGUUUCCAGAAAACCAAUCACUACCUUUGCAGUAAGUGAUGAUGGAAACCUAUUGGCGUUUGGAAGCUCCGAUCAAAGCGUAUCAAUUUGUGAUGCACGGACGUUUAGGAUACGACUUACUGUGCCCCAUGUACAUGAGCUUCCAGUAACCACAUUAGGCUUUAAUAGUAAUUCCACGUUAAUCAUAAGUGGUUCUGCUGAUCAUUCGGUUCAUAUUAUGCAACUUCCAGAAAAGUUCGAGUCAGAUGUAGCAAAUAAAACUUGGUUAUUUGUAAUAAUAAUGGCUGUUUUAUUUGCUUUUCUCUAUCAGAUGUACUUAUUAGGAGAAUAA